AAAUCCGGAGGCAGAACCCAGAUCCGAUGACAAAUGUAACAACCGAAACCCAUCAGCCGCCCUGAGGAAGAAGAAGAAAGUCUCCCGGAGGUCAACCCCCCACCACCACCCCCCCGAUUUAUUAUUAUUUACUUUUGGUUUAAUUUUGAACACCCUCCGCUCGAGAGAACGUGGUUUCUUUUGCGACGCUUGCAAUACUUUGUGGCAAAAGUCUUGCAUCGUUCCAAAAGAGAGCAGCACGUGGAGCGACGAUCACGGCCGUAAAAUACCCAAAUCCGUGGCCACCAAGCUGCAGCGUCUCAAGGCCAAGGCGUCUGCGAGCCAGCACUACGGCGGCAGCUAUCGGAAGUCAUCGUCAUCGUCGUCGGCUAUCGGGAGUCACCACAACCACAGCGAGGGCGGCGACAGGAGUUCUCAGUCCUCUUCCGCUGCCAUCCACGCUGGGCACAACCAUCAACGCGGUGGCGCUGCCGAGGAGUCCCACUUUGCUCUGGCGGACGUGGCCGAGAAGUCAUAUCAAAGCACCAUCAGCCACAACAACAACAACAACAACAACAAUUAUCAAAAGUCAAACCACACCAGUGCCAAUUACAACCAAUCCAAUUAUAAUAACCACCCACAAAGCGCCACCACCAACCUGCCUUAUCAGCCCAAAAGCAAAAUCAACACGAUGAUGAUGACCAAACAGAAGAAUUCGCUGGCCGAGCGCCUCAAUAUCGGCGAGGAGGUGCGGGAACUGAAGCUGGGCGCAUCCUUCAACCCGAAGAACACCUCGACCGCCUUCCACACCAUCAAAUAUGACUUCAAGCCAGCGAGCGUGGACACCAGCCGCAUGGCCUCUGUGGACGUGGGUUCCAACAAUCAAGUUACUGUUAUCGUGCCAAAUUCAGAAAGUUCCGGUGUGCCUCAUACAGUUUAUAAGGGUAAUCAGAGGGAGUAUGCGAAGGAGUGUUUAAUGAUCUACGACAAGGAGACGGGCGCUAUCACAAUAGAGAAGCUGAAUCACAACAUUCAAGUGAAAAAGACAAGGAGCGAAGUCACCAACAAGCCAGCCCUACCCCCAGUUCAGAAUGUGCCCGUGCAAAUGGCCCAGAGUCAGGUCCACAGCCAGGGCACAAACGGAGCUGGAGCGCCACCAAUAUCAGCUCCUGGGCACGGAUCCGGAUCGGCACCCAAAAUGGAGAACAGCACCAUGCGAAUCUCAUCGAAGACAAAGGUUUCUACGGGCAGCCGACGAAAUAAUAUAAUUGACUUCAAGCCGCGCAAUUCGCCCAUGCAGCAGAGCUCACCAUCGCGUCCAGUGCCAGUCCAUCGCAGCCCACAAUCUGCGCCAGCUUGGGAUGCCAAUAAUGCACAGCAGACGUUGCCCAGCAUUCCCAUGAUCACCGACGACGAUGACUUUGGGUUGAGGGCGGCGCUCCACAGCAGCGGCCAGGCGAAUACCUCAGGCUCCUCCACUGGCUCGGCGGCGGGGCAGCCGGACUUUGGAUCCACGUCCUCGUCCUCGCACAUGGGUAAGCAGCGGCAGGCUCCCCAGCACGGCCAUGGCAAGCGCCAGCAGAUGCACCAGCGCGCAAGUCCACCCAUGGCCCAACAGCAGCAGCAGCACCACCAGCAGCCAUCGAACUAUGGACGUGGUUACAACGGCGGCCAUAACCACGCACAACAGCAGCAACAACGGCACUCGCCGCAGCAGCAUCACCAGCCUCGCCCUUCGGCUUAUGGCCACGGCAAUAGCAUGCCCAUGGACUUGGACUCGGCCAGGGAGCAAGAACUGACCACGCAGUCCGUGGAGCAAGCGGCUGCCGCGUUGGAACAGCAAAUUGGCGGCGCAUUAAGUGCCUCGAGCUCCAGUUCCGAGUCGGAUUCCAGCGACAGUGACAGUGGCAGUGACUCCGAUGACAGCACCGAGGAUGAUCGUCCCAUGGAACGGCCGCAGCAGGUACAGGAGCAACAUCAUCAACAGCAGCAGCAGCAGUCGCAGAUGUACCAGAAUCAUCACCACCAACAACAGCAGUUGUCCCAGCAGCAUCUGAAUCAGUUGCCCAAUUUGGGCCUGGGCUCCAUAUCACCAGCCUAUGGCAACAAUCAUCACCAGCAGCAGCCGCAUCAUCAUCAGCAGCAGCAGCAGCAGAAGCAACAGUCCGGCAUUUAUGCGUCCAACGGUGGCUUUCCAAACGACUUGCUACAAAACGAUCUACAAUUGUCGUCAAAUUCGUCCGACGAUGAUGAUUAGCUGUUUUAGGUUUGAUCUUUUUGCCUUCUUUUGACAAAACCAACGACAACAAUUAUUGAUAUUCUGUCUAUAUGCGUGUAAUUAAUUUGUAAUUAAUGAGGGGUGAUUUUACUUGCUAGUGAAAUUUUUAUAAAUAAAUUCUUAGUUCUACAACACGAUAUACACAAACAUAUAUACUAAUUAACUUUAAUCAAUAAUUUUAGACCUUCCAAAUGUGCUGGUAAACAUUUAAUUAAAAUCAGAAAAGUAAAAUCAAAUCAAAACACACAAAUCACAACAUAAACCUAUCUUUGUCAAUGCAUAUUAGUUUUAAAUAAGAAAUUAAAGAUUAUGUAAACUUGUUGGAAGUCCUAAAGCAGAUCGCACGCAAAUUUAUACAUACACAUAUACCAACAUUAACCAAUAGAAGAAUCGAACGAAGUAGACGACGCAACUACGGAAAUUAUUUAGUUUUUAAUAAGCAUGCAGUACAUCUUGAAAAAUAAUUUUAAGUUUCCACGCGGAUUUUUGCCAUUAAUUACGCAUUUUAAUCAUUUAAAGCGAAAAAGAAAAUUUUUAAAAUUGUAUUUGCAAGUUUUAUUUUGCUUUCCUUUAUUUCGCUCACCUUUUUUAGUCUAGCUUAAUUUUAUUGUUGGCGACUUUUUAAUAUUUUCAAAAAUAAAAAUAAAUGUUCGUUUUUGAUUAAUUUGUUAGCUAUAUUUAUCACGAAUGUAUUUUAGCCUCAUAUCUUUAUUAGUUACAUAUUUGUGCGGUAGGAAGACAUUUGUGUUUUUAGCUCAUGUUUUAUUUGAAUUUAUUUGUAGAUCUUUAAUUAAUUUUUAAUAUAUAUUAUUACGAUUUUGUUAUGAGCUUGCAAUAGUUAAAAGCAACGAAAGAAAAUAAAUGUGAAUCGAAAGAAC